AAAUUAGAUGAGAUGAGCAGAGUGUUGGUGCAUGCAGAGUAGUCUGACCGAGUGGAUCACCAGUCACCCAGCAAACGAGAUUCGCACAGCAACGCCAUCAUCAGCAGUCGUAGAAAAAGUGAUCGUGAUCUCUGCCAGUAAAAAUAUCCAUUAUCCGGAGAGUCAUGCAGGUUAAGUGCCUGAUCAUUUGCCUUGCCUUGGGUCUCCUAAUGCUGGCCACGCCCAUUUGCGAGGCGCGCCGAGGGCGUGGCCGUGGACGUACCAAGUCCAGGGUUCAGAUCGGACUGCCAAUUACGGGAAAAUAUCGCGAUCCGGAGUCUGAUCAGUACUAUAACAAUAAUAACGGCGCAAAAAUUCUACAAGCCUCACACUUUGAUCUUGAGUACGUCCUCGGCCACAAGAUUGCCUUCCUCUGCGUGGCCAAGGGUAAUCCCCGACCUCAUAUCACUUGGUACAAGGACGGAGCUGAGAUCUAUCAGCACCUCUAUAUGCACGUCCACGAAUGGCGUAUCGGCGACGACAAGGUCAAGUCCAAGAUCGAGAUUGACCCUGCUACCCAAAUGGACGCGGGACUCUAUGAGUGCACUGCAGACAACAUGUACUCCAUCGAUCGACGCAGUUUCAAGACAGAUUUCUCCAUUGCAUUCGAUUGAUUUGGGAUCGAAAACUCUUUGGUUCUAUCUCGAAAUCUAUAAGUUUUAUAUCUAGUUUGAAAAUGUGCAGAUUAAGCCCCCUAAAUUUGUACAGCCUUCAUUAUAAUAAUAAUACAAAACCCUCUUCCUAUAAAUCAAAAAGUUGAGA